AUGCGAGCACUCCACGUAGCUUCUGACGUGGAUUUGGAGGACGACAUUAAAGUGGCAGUGGCAUGUGCAACUGUUGCUGCCUUGGAACCGGACAUCAUCGUGUUGGAUGAAGACUGCGUCAGGAGUGCCGCAUCUAACGACCCAGUGUAUCAGCUCUUGCUUGCUAGGAUCGCAGCAGGCGAUUGGCCCCAACAGAAGUCACAAGAAAUCUCCUGCCUUCGUCCCUUUUUCGGUGUUCGGGAUAGGCAGGCCAUCAACCAGGAUCUGGUGACAUACUCGGUGGACCAAGGAUGCAUACGUUUGGUUAUCCCCGAAGAUUUACGCCGUCAGGUAGCCGGUAACCUACUCGCAGGACACCAAGGCCUCGACUCUAUGCUUAGGAGGGUCAGGCAGUCAGUCUACAGGCCGGGAAUAGAAGGAGACCUUCAGCAUCACCGUGCCCAAUGCACCUCAUGUGAUGAACACGCCCCUUCACUGCCUCCUGAAGAAAUGAUACACACGCCGCCAGCAGAAUACCCCUUCCAGCAAGUCGUCGCAGAUAUGUUCCAAAUAGAUGGCAAAGUACACAUGGUAUACGCAGACAGACUAACUGGUUGGUUAGAAGUAGCUCACUUCCCCUAUGGUGCCACGUCCAACAAAAUAAGCAAUCACCUUCGAUCCUAUUUUUCACGUUGGGGAGCCCCAGAGCAAAUAUCGACUGACGGAGGUACGAACUUGGCCAGCGAGGAGAUGGUUGCCGUCUUCAGGAGAUGGGGAGUCAAGAUCCAUCUGUCAUCAGCCCAGUAUCCCCAGUUCAACGGCAGGGCAGAAGCAGCUGUCAAAUCGGCAAAGAGGCUACUCCGAGAAACACGUCAAAAGGUGGAGCCCUUGAGUCAGACAAGACGGCCCUGGCGAUACUUCAGUAUCUCAACACGCCUCUGA